UAAGGAGACGACAUUCAUGAUGAGCGAGCUAAUGAAAGGCGCCGAAUAUGGAACGUUGCAGCGUGUUUGAGUCGUUUGGUUCGUGUGCUAAGCCACAUUGAUGUAACUCCGCUGAGUCCGCUGAGUCUGACCGACAACCUGCGUCUCACCACAACGACCGUAUACUUACCUAUAUAUUUACGGCAUCCACCGCCAUCCACGAAGCCGACGCCUAGGUGGCUCAAGAUGCGCCGAUUUACGGGACGCGGGAAGGGCUUUAGGCUUUACACUUUGCGUCCCAUGAGCUGACAGCAUGCCGUCAUUGAAAGACUGGCAGUCAAGCGGCUCGUUAUAACGUGAACGCCGCAAUGAAUAGCAGUACGCUUCUCAACAAGUCGUCGUCGAGUCAUUAUACUACGAGUGCCCACGAAAAGUUUUCGGUCUGGCUCUAGUUCUCUCUAAGAGCUCAGAGCCUAUGGUGUAGAACAGGGAGUGUGAAACGUACCGGACGUUGGAGAGAAGGAACGACCAUUCGAGCUUCGAAGCCAAGAAUUUUAGCGUCCGGAAAAUUCAUCGUAGACAAAAUGCCCUGUCCCCCAUGUCCUCCUAGGUCAUUAAGUCUGCGAAUCAUCAUUGAUUCUCGCCCAUCUGGCACAAGUUGAUUUGUCGUUGGGGAAAUGUACAUGCGCACUGUAGACAGUACUGAGGAUGUGGACGUUCAGGCCAUUUUGUAUUGUCCAUGUCAUAAGAAGAGCACCAUCUUCGAAAUACACAAUUGCCCGGUAUUGGGCUCUUCAGGAGUGGAAUUUUCUGCAGUAGCCUUAUUAACACGGCAUUCGAGUCAAGUCAAAACCUGUCUUGGGUCUAAGCCAUUCAGUGUUCUGCAUAAGUAUUAAUAAAUGUUCUUUCACUCUACAGCUCAACUGUAUGCGACGUAGACAGCGGCACAUCCCGUUGAAUGGAAGCAUGAACGCAGACAAGCACAGGAAAGCACCAAUACGGACCGAGGGCCUUUUUUCCAAGUUGUCAGCGAGUCGAACACGCCCCACAAUCAGGGAUUCGCAGAGAAGUAACGGAUGUACUGAUAUACUCUGGGUCUGUUUUCGGUUUGGCUCAUCUUUGGCCCGCUGUUGCAAGUAGUAUGUCUCCAAGUGCCUAUACUAUGAAAUCCGCUGUCAGAAUGUCCACAGGCAAGCUUUUACAGGUUUACGGAAGUCCACUCACAAAGAGAAAUUGUGAUUUUUUUGCGUAUUCUACCGUUCAGUCGUUCUCCCUUGAUAUCUGGCGAGACAAGCGUCUCCGAAUGGCGCUGUCACUCGGCUUCUGACGCCAAUAGCUCGCAUUCGCCGCGGUAUACGUCUUCUCUCUGGUCCGUUUUGAACGUACCCCGAAGUCAAAGUGCUCCCGUCCCGUCGUGCAACGUUGCACGUUAUGCCACCUUCCGCUAACUGGAGUGUGAACGCGUGAUCGCGCACAGUUCAGCUGUCGCUCUCUUCAGUGGACCCUUGUGUAGGGAAUGGAACGCCAUUUGUCUUCUUGUCGCACGAUGAGAAGUGGUGGCGGUUGCAAGACAUUGGAAUGUGAAAACGGGAAUGUUGGCGGACCGCCAAAAUGACGGAGCCAUCAGCUUCACGUAACGACUUCCUGAGCUAUAGUAACGAAUCAGGCUAUAUUUCAUGUCGUGCAGAUACCACAAAGAUUCGGAAAGCCUCUUUUAGCCUAGCACGGGCUGUCCUAAUCAAUGUUUUGCAGCUCGCGUGUCUCAGUGAUCGGGCUACUUUGCAUCCUGCAAAGAUAUUCCAUUGAAUCGGGCGUUCGGUCUUUCAGAACAGACGAAUCAUGUGUCACUGCCCAAUGGCUAACUAUUACUUCUCUUUAUUCAAGAGUUAGCAUAGUAACUCAUGACAUAUUUCAUUUCACCGUAUUGG